AUGGAGUUGGCAACAUAUAACCAGGGAUCUAGAGUCAAGGUCGAAAUCGAGGUUCAACCCCCGUCCUCGGUCGGCAUCAACCGAAGGCUCAUUCCACCCGUGGUGGCACGCACCAAUAACCCACAACUUAUUGAAGACUAUCUCGCAGGCAACAAGGAUGUCUUCGCAGUUGCAAUGCUUACAUCGAGUAACGGAGACGACCAGACUGCCAUCCUGAAUGGAAAUUACAGCACCCAGGGGCAGCCGAUCACACUUCAUGGCAGCAACGGUGGAAGCCACGGCGGUGGCAGCAGCAGCCGCCAGAGCGCGCACAAGUGGAUAUAUUUCAUUUUCCAGGGACUAUCGAUCCCCAUACCGGGCACUUACACCUUUACCAUCUGUGUCAACGCGUUGAGCUAUACCGAAGGCUUCUCAAUGACUGUGGGUGGGAAGACGACCAACGAGUUCACCGUGGUCAACCAAGCCGUUGCGCCUGCAAGACCCAGCCGUUCUGAGCAGCGAGUUCUGCAGACGUUGCAAAACUACAAUCUUUACGAUCCACGAGCUUAG